AUGUAUCGAAAAAAAAAGGGACUUUUUUUUAAUAUGUUUUUACACUUACUAUUUGUUUUAUUAAUAACCUGCACUAAUGCAACAUCUGAAAUUCUGGCAAUUACCUUUUCAGAUUUAAGUUUUUCCCCCCAAGGAGCCAAAUAUCCAGAAGAAAGCUGGACUGCAACCUUUAAUUUUGCUAUUGAUGCUGGUAUCCCCAUUGAUAUUGGCGACUACUUCACAGUGUCAAUGCCGCACAUUUACAGGUUAAAGAUUGGUGAUGAUGAAGGUUCAUUUGACGUUAGAUUGUCUGACGGAACUAAUGCCUUCCGCUGUUAUGCCUAUCAGCAAGCAGCUUAUCUAUAUGAAGACACUAUUUUAGCUUGCGAAUCGUACAACUCAUUUACCUCCGCCAAUAUGGUUACUGGUAGUAUUUCUGUUUCUUUAAUUUUUAGCAAUGGAGAUUCCUAUUACAAAUAUGAACUGCAAAACGCCAAUUUUUUUCAAGCAGAUACUCCUCAGAAUGUUCUAUUUGGUGAUGAAUUAUCCGCCAAUAUUACCUUUGAUUCUUUAGGUGAAAAUAACGAAAUGUAUUAUUUUGCUCGUACUACCACCUAUGGCACUUUAGAAUCGUAUACUUUGGGCCAUGCAUGUCGAAACGGUUACAUUUUGGGUGGCACUGAAAUUUUAACGUAUGAUAUCAACAACGAAAAUAAUGGUAUCGAUUGUGAUAAUUCCCAGGUUGGCUUGACUAGUAAUUUUAAUGAUUGGUUAUUUCCCAUUGACUACCUUGAGGUUGAUUAUGAUUGUGGCAAUAAUAUUAUAGAGAUUACUGUUGGACCAUUGGAUAAUGGUGUUCGUAUUUGGGCCAACAAUUUACAAAAAUUGCCAAACGAAAAUAACACCAUUCAUAAUAGAUAUUCUAUUUUGUACACUUGCACAGAUACCAUUGCUAGCACUCAAUACAUCAUCAACACAGCUACUGAUCAGAUUAUUCUUAUCACCCAGGAUUUAAAUACUGGGUCUGCCUCGAUUAUUACAAAGACUGCGGAAUUAACUACAACUAUAACCACACCUGGUUCCCUUUCCUAUACCACUACUUAUGCUACCAAUGUUUGGACUAGUACCGGUACAGAUGGGGUUCCUACCACGUCAACCAUAAUCUAUGUGGAAACGCCAGAAGCUAGUGGAACUACAACAACUACUGGGCCAUGGACUGGUACAUACACUAGUACGUACUCUACAAGUGUGUAUACAACAACUGGCACAGACGGGGUUCCUACCACUUCAACCAUAAUCUAUGUGGAAACGCCAGAAGCUAGUGGAACUACAACAACUACUGGACCAUGGACUGGUACAUACACUAGUACGUACUCUACAAGUGUGUAUACAACAACUGGCACAGACGGGGUUCCUACCACGUCAACCAUAAUCUAUGUGGAAACGCCAGAAGCUAGUGGAACUACAACAACUACUGGGCCAUGGACUGGUACAUACACUAGUACGUAUUCUACAAGUAUAUUCACUAAUACCGGCACAGACGGGGUUCCUACCACGUCAACCAUAAUCUAUGUGGAAACACCAGAAGCUAGUAGAACUACAACAACUACUGGGCCAUGGACUGGUACAUACACUAGUACGUACUCUACAAGUGCAUAUACAACAACUGGCACAGAUGGGGUUCCUACCACUUCAACCAUAAUCUAUGUGGAAACGCCAGAAGCUAGUGAAACUACAACAACUACUGGAUCAUGGACUGGUACAUACACUAGUACGUACUCUACAAGUGUAUAUACAACAACUGGCACAGAUGGGGUUCCUACCACGUCAACCAUAAUCUAUGUGGAAACGCCAGAAGCUAGUGGAACUACAACAACUACUGGGCCAUGGACUGGUACAUACACUAGUACGUACUCUACAAGUGUGUAUACAACAACUGGCACAGACGGGGUUCCUACCACUUCAACCAUAAUCUAUGUGGAAACGCCAGAAGCUAGUGGAACUACAACAACUACUGGGCCAUGGACUGGUACAUACACUAGUACGUACUCUACAAGUGUAUAUACAACAACUGGCACAGAUGGGGUUCCUACCACGUCAACCAUAAUCUAUGUGGAAACGCCAGAAGCUAGUGGAACUACAACAACUACUGGACCAUGGACUGGUACAUACACUAGUACGUAUUCUACAAGUAUAUUCACUAAUACCGGCACAGACGGGGUUCCUACCACGUCAACCAUAAUCUAUGUGGAAACGCCAGAAGCUAGUAGAACUACAACAACUACUGGGCCAUGGACUGGUACAUACACUAGUACGUACUCUACAAGUGUGUAUACAACAACUGGCACAGAUGGGGUUCCUACCACUUCAACCAUAAUCUAUGUGGAAACGCCAGAAGCUAGUAGAACUACAACAACUACUGGGCCAUGGACUGGUACAUACACCAGUACGUACUCUACAAGUGCAUAUACAACAACUGGCACAGAUGGGGUUCCUACCACGUCAACCAUAAUCUAUGUGGAAACGCCAGAAGCUAGUAGAACUACAACAACUACUGGGCCAUGGACUGGUACAUACACCAGUACGUACUCUACAAGUGCAUAUACAACAACUGGCACAGAUGGGGUUCCUACCACUUCAACCAUAAUCUAUGUGGAAACGCCAGAAGCUAGUAGAACUACAACAACUACUGGGCCAUGGACUGGUACAUACACCAGUACGUACUCUACAAGUGCAUAUACAACAACUGGCACAGAUGGGGUUCCUACCACUUCAACCAUAAUCUAUGUGGAAACGCCAGAAGCUAAUGGAACUACAACAACUACUGGACCAUGGACUGGUACAUACACUAGUACGUACUCUACAAGUGUAUAUACAACAACUGGCACAGAUGGGGUUCCUACCACUUCAACCAUAAUCUAUGUGGAAACGCCAGAAGCUAGUAGAACUACAACAACUACUGGGCCAUGGACUGGUACAUACACUAGUACGUAUUCUACAAGUAUAUUCACUAAUACCGGCACAGACGGGGUUCCUACCACGUCAACCAUAAUCUAUGUGGAAACGCCAGAAGCUAGUGGAACUACAACAACUACUGGGCCAUGGACUGGUACAUACACUAGUACGUACUCUACAAGUGUAUAUACAACAACUGGCACAGAUGGGGUUCCUACCACGUCAACCAUAAUCUAUGUGGAAACGCCAGAAGCUAGUGGAACUACAACAACUACUGGGCCAUGGACUGGUACAUACACUAGUACGUAUUCUACAAGUAUAUUCACUAAUACCGGCACAGACGGGGUUCCUACCACGUCAACCAUAAUCUAUGUGGAAACGCCAGAAGCUAGUGGAACUACAACAACUACUGGGCCAUGGACUGGUACAUACACUAGUACGUACUCUACAAGUGUAUAUACAACAACUGGCACAGAUGGGGUUCCUACCACGUCAACCAUAAUCUAUGUGGAAACGCCAGAAGCUAGUGGAACUACAACAACUACUGGACCAUGGACUGGUACAUACACUAGUACGUAUUCUACAAGUAUAUUCACUAAUACCGGCACAGACGGGGUUCCUACCACGUCAACCAUAAUCUAUGUGGAAACGCCAGAAGCUAGUAGAACUACAACAACUACUGGGCCAUGGACUGGUACAUACACUAGUACGUACUCUACAAGUGUGUAUACAACAACUGGCACAGACGGGGUUCCUACCACUUCAACCAUAAUCUAUGUGGAAACGCCAGAAGCUAGUGGAACUACAACAACUACUGGGCCAUGGACUGGUACAUACACCAGUACGUACUCUACAAGUGCAUAUACAACAACUGGCACAGAUGGGGUUCCUACCACGUCAACCAUAAUCUAUGUGGAAACGCCAGAAGCUAGUGGAACUACAACAACUACUGGAUCAUGGACUGGUACAUACACUAGUACGUAUUCUACAAGUAUAUUCACAAAUACCGGCACAGACGGGGUUCCUACCACGUCAACCAUAAUCUAUGUGGAAACACCAGAAGCUAGUAGAACUACAACAACUACUGGGCCAUGGACUGGUACAUACACUAGUACGUACUCUACAAGUGUAUAUACAACAACUGGCACAGACGGGGUUCCUACCACUUCAACCAUAAUCUAUGUGGAAACGCCAGAAGCUAGUGGAACUACAACAACUACUGGGCCAUGGACUGGUACAUACACUAGUACGUAUUCUACAAGUAUAUUCACUAAUACCGGUACAGACGGGGUUCCUACCACGUCAACCAUAAUCUAUGUGGAAACGCCAGAAGCUAAUGGAACUACAACAACUACUGGACCAUGGACUGGUACAUACACUAGUACGUACUCUACAAGUGUAUAUACAACAACUGGCACAGAUGGGGUUCCUACCACGUCAACCAUAAUCUAUGUGGAAACGCCAGAAGCUAGUGGAACUACAACAACUACUGGACCAUGGACUGGUACAUACACUAGUACGUACUCUACAAGUGUGUAUACAACAACUGGCACAGACGGGGUUCCUACCACGUCAACCAUAAUCUAUGUGGAAACGCCAGAAGCUAGUGGAACUAAAACAACUACUGGACCAUGGACUGGUACAUACACUAGUACGUAUUCUACAAGUAUAUUCACAAAUACCGGCACAGACGGGGUUCCUACCACGUCAACCAUAAUCUAUGUGGAAACACCAGAAGCUAGUAGAACUACAACAACUACUGGGCCAUGGACUGGUACAUACACCAGUACGUACUCUACAAGUGCAUAUACAACAACUGGCACAGAUGGGGUUCCUACCACGUCAACCAUAAUCUAUGUGGAAACGCCAGAAGCUAGUGGAACUACAACAACUACUGGGCCAUGGACUGGUACAUACACUAGUACGUACUCUACAAGUGUGUAUACAACAACUGGCACAGACGGGGUUCCUACCACUUCAACCAUAAUCUAUGUGGAAACGCCAGAAGCUAGUGGAACUACAACAACUACUGGGCCAUGGACUGGUACAUACACUAGUACGUACUCUACAAGUGCAUAUACAACAACUGGCACAGACGGGGUUCCUACCACGUCAACCAUAAUCUAUGUGGAAACACCGGUUUUUGGUUAUUUUAACAGUACCACUAAUAUUUUAUCAAGCACAUUAUCUUUUAAAUUAUCCGAUGUUGUUUCAUCUAUUAUGUAUUUUUCUUCUUCUACUAUCACUUCACUUGUUUCCUUGUCAUCUCCUGAAUUUGCUACAUCCUCUGAUACUACUUUAUAUACUAGUUCCAUUUCAAUAAUUCCCACUAUGACCGCUACAUUCGGUACUCGCACAUCUUCUAGUAUAUCAAAUGCCAAUACAGUUACUUUUUUGCCAUCUACAUUAUCAAAUGUUUUCAUUGAUACAACAGAUUCUACUGUUAUCUCAAAUACAUAUCCUGUUAAUUUUUCAACAUUAAACACGUUGGACACAGAUAAUAACACUACUACUAUCGAUAAUGUUAUCAGUAAAAGUACCUGCUCUACUAUGAAUAUUUAUCCUUCUGUUGGUUCUGAUGAUCUUACGGUUUCUACCGAAGCAAAUAAAUAUUCUACUUUUUGUGGUGGUGACUGUACUAAAAUACAAAACACUUCAAUGGUUUUUGUUCCUGAAAUUUCAACCGUAACUAAUACAUUUUUUAUUAGUGUUAGAAGCGCUAGUCUUAGCACCAGGGUUACGGAAUACACGGGUACAGAAGGAGGUUUUGUUACUGGUAUUUCAUCUGAUACUACUAUUAUUACAAUUAGUAAUGUCAGGUCAACUACCCAAGAUGCUGCUACUAAUACGAGUGCUUUUAAGAUAGGAAUAUCAAGUGUUGACGCACAACAUUCCUCAGCCACGGCUUCUGUUUUAAACCAGUAUAGUACCUUCUCACUUUCCAGCUUUCAAGCUGAUGCUAACAAGAACAAUGCAAGCCUAUACUUUUACGGUAUUAUUAUCGUUUUUGUUUUUUUGUUUUAG